AACGAGCAUCCAUAAUUAGAAACUUCCAAGUAAAUUUGUCUUGAAAAAUCCAAAUUUUUAUGAUAGCUUGUUGAGAAAGAAGAAAAAGAAAGAAGAAAGAAUAUGGGUUUAGAUGAUGAUGGUGGUCUGUCUUGGGCAGAUCAAUGGGAUUACAACAAUGACCCGCCACCAUCGUCGUCGGAAAAUGACAAGAAGAAGAACAAGAGCGGCGGGUCCUCCGGCAAGAGCAAAUUUGGGAAGACAAUCUUGAGCUUGAAGUGGAUGAAAGAAUUGCGAAAGAAAUCUGACAACAAAUCUUGAAAUCAGAAUUCAGAAACCAACAAUGUGAAAAGUGGGCUGAAGAAUGAAUCAACCAACCACCAUUUGAUUAAUCUCUCCCAUUUUAAUACUUGUAUUUUCUCCUCAUCCUGUUGAGCUCUGAAGCCCAGAAAGCAGUAUGAUAGUUUCGGUUUUACCAAAUUCGGCAUCCAAUGAAAUCAUAUGUAAUAACAUUAUAGAUUAUGCUUUUUACAACCUAUCUGUAUUGUACUCUUCCCGAAUAUAACCAUGGAAGUUUCUUAUAUUUCA